UUGCGGGCGCGGAGUGAGGAGGGGACGGGUGGAAGGAAGGGAACUUGGCUCUUGCACGCGCCGAGGUUACGCCUUCCCUUUCCCCGCCCCCUCCGGUUCCCUCAGACCGAUUUCUUUCCACGGGUGGUUUUGGUUUUUUUUUUUUUCUUUUUCCCGCCCUUUCUUCUCCUUCUGGAAUUUUCCUCUGUUUUUGAGGGGGUGAAGCGGUUUCCUCAGCCGCUCGAGCCGUCUGGGUUUUUAUCUCGGUUUGUGUAACCGCCUUUCUCCGGCGCUUCUCUGCCCACCCACCCACCCACCCUUUCUUGUCUCCCUCGGGAAAGAGCCCCACCACUCCUCCUCACGAUGCGCGCCACGGGGACCGGGACGGCUGGCACGGCCGCCGCGAGCUCGGGGAAAGCGCCGCCGACCACGCCGGCUGACGGGGAUGAGCGCUUCAGCGUCCUGAGCUGGGAGCAGGUGCAGCGGCUGGACCACAUCCUGGAGGAAGCCGUCCCCAUCCACGGCCGCGGCAACUUCCCCACCUUGUCGGUGCGGCCCCGCAGAAUCGUGCAGGUGGUCCGUAGUCGUCUAGAAAAGCAGGGCAUCACUGUCCACAAUGUGAGGCUGAAUGGCUCAGCAGCUAGCCACGUGUUGCACCAGGACAGCGGUCUGGGGUAUAAAGAUCUGGAUCUCAUUUUUGGUGUUGAUCUGAAAAGCGAGGAUAUUUUUCAGCUGGUAAAAGAUGUAGUGAUGGAUUGUCUCCUGGAUUUCCUCCCUGAAGGGGUAAACAAAGAUAAGAUCACUCCCAUGACUCUGAAGGAGGCCUAUGUGCAGAAGUUGGUGAAAGUGUGCAAUGAAACUGACCGCUGGAGUCUUAUAUCACUGUCAAACAACAGUGGGAAGAAUGUGGAACUCAAAUUUGUAGACUCUCUCCGGCGGCAGUUUGAGUUCAGCGUUGAUUCUUUCCAGAUCAUAUUGGACUCACUAUUGCUCUUUGGAGAGUGCUCAGAAAAUCCAAUGUCUGCAAACUUCCACCCUACUGUCACUGGGGAGAGUAUGUAUGGGGACUUUGAGGAGGCGAUUGAUCACCUGAGGAACCGAAUUAUAGCUACUAGGAAUCCAGAGGAAAUCAGAGGAGGUGGGCUUCUGAAGUACUGCAACCUCCUCGUGAGGGGAUUUCAAGCUAAAUCAGAAGUUGACAUGAAAGCCUUGCAGAGGUACAUGUGUUCGAGGUUUUUUAUAGACUUUCCUGACAUUGGGGAACAACAACGAAAGCUGGAGUCUUACCUCCAAAGUCACUUUGUAGGGAUGGAAAGCAAAAGGUAUGAUUGCCUGAUGACCUUACACAGAGUGGUAAAUGAGAGUACGGUGUGCCUGAUGGGACAUGAAAGACGACAGACGCUGAACCUCAUUGCCAUGUUGGCCCUCCGGGUCCUGGCUGAGCGGAACAUAAUUCCAACUGUCACAAAUGUGACUUGUUAUUAUCAGCCAGCACCAUACAUCAGUGAAAUAAACGUCAACUAUUACGUAACCCACAUGCAACCUCUUCUGCCUUGCAGUCACUCCUACCCAACGUGGCUCCCAUGCAGCUGAAUGCUGAAAAAAGCUCCAGUCUUUGUCUUCUCAAGGAGCAGAGGCUGUGUGUUCAGAAGAAAAGGAAAAAAAAAAUAGGUCUCUUGCUCUGAGUAUCUUGCUCUUACAUUGGAACUAUAAGUCUACUUAAUCGUGGGAAAUUGUGCAGUGAUAUGUCUAAUUACCAGAUAUGUUUACAGGAAGAAAAUGCUUGAGUUAAUGUAUAAGGUGGGUGGAAAGGAUUAGGUUAAAAGCAGAGCUGCACUACCUUAAAUGCAAGCUGAUUUUUUUUUUCUUAGUGCAAGAAGCAUUAUGGGCUGUGCAGACUCUAUUUUUUUCUGAACAUAUUUCAAAGUGGUUAAUUCCUUUUAAGGGACCAAAGAAAUCUUAUACAAGUGCCUGCAACCAAAAAAGAAAUACUGUAAUUUUUUUUGUAGUGGCAAAAAUAUAUAUUGACAGCUUAGUUAUGGAUGUUUGCCAGGAAUUUUUGGUUUUAGGAUCACACAUUCAUUUCUGUCAAGGGAUCUGAGGUAGGCAGAGGCUUUCCACAGCAGCCACUGUAACAGGUUGCUGUCUGAUGGACCAGCAGCACUGAUUAACAGCUGGAGCAGAGCUGGGAUGGGGAACUAAAUGGGGGUUCAAUUCAUAAUGAUAAGAGAAUUUCUAAUGAGAUGGAUUAUGUGCCCUCAUUGCAAAGGCUACCAGAGGAAAUAGGAACUACCCUGAAUUAUUAUUAUUAAGUUGAAUUAUUAUUCAAUUUAAUGUGCAGUGCCAAAACCCUAACACUUUAAUUCCUCUUAAAGGAAAGUCUAUAGAUCAGUAUGUUGCUGUGUGGAUCAGUAUAUCUUUUUCAUGCAAGGAGCAGUUGUUCCCAGGCUUUAAUGGCCUCUAUGACUGUCAAUGGUAUUAGAGUAAAAAUGAGCUGGACCAAAAACAUAAAAAGGUACAUGCAUAGCCUUUGUCCUGGUUAACAAAAAGAACCAGUUAGACCCAGAACUGAUCUGAGAAGCCCUCAGCUUUGUGUCUGAUAGCCCAUUACAGUAUCUUGAGAAUUGUGCUUCUCUCCCUGUUGGGUGUCUGUGACUACCUACUUGAUUCCAUGUUAGACUAAGGAAACAUUUUAACACUGCUUGUUAUGACUGUGCAAAACUUUACAGUCUUAAUUUGACAAGGUAUCAGUGAUGUAUUGAAUCAAGUCAUCAAAUUGAAGACUAGGUUUGAUGCGUUGAAUCAGAUGAAGUGAUCCAGUUUAGAUGACUUUUUGUUUGAAUUGAACUUAACAAAUUGGAUUAACACAGUUCACACUUUUGAACUGACAAUUCAAAUCUGAUUUAGAAAAAAUACAUUUGGAUCAGAUCUGAUUUGCACAGGUCCAUUGCCUUGCUUUUGCUUAUAAAAUUUCAAUGUAGAGAAAAUUCCUCAUGUGUUGCGCUUGCUACAGUAGAAUAAGUAAGAGACGAGAGAGCUGUAGACAACUGUACACAAGAAAUUGUUGAUGUCUUGUCAAAUUAGGUUUUGAAAUAAUUAUAUACCCAGCACAAUAAUUCUUCCUAUAUAUUUUCUUGGAUUGCAUAGAAAUUUUACAACAUAUCAGUUCAGAUUAGUUUAUACUUUUUAGGAAGCUGAGGCAGCAGAUACUUUGCUGUUGGACAUACCUGCUCUGUAAGGGAUACACAAAAUACUCCAUGGUGUAUCUUUGAAGGUUGACUUCUUUGCUAAUCUGUUUUCUUUGCAAUCAAAACUGUACCUUGUUGGAGCAGACUAAAAAAAAAAAGAAAAAAAGAAAUAAAAUAUACUUGGAUUUUGUCUAGCUAAACACCCUGCCUCUUCCUGAGAGACAAUGAGCUGAGAUGGUAAGGCAGUUUUUAACAUCUGUUGACCAAUACCUACCACAACUUCACCCACUUUGGUAUUACUACAAGUUGUACAAGCUAAGAGAAACUUCUCAAUUCUGAUAAAUCCAAUGCUGUGUAAAUAGAGUUCUUGAUUAUAUAGGUGGCUUGAGAUGAUCUCUCCUCUAUACUGGUGAAGUCUUCCAUAUUCUGCAAUGCCUGAUGAUUAAGAGGGCUGCCCUAGGUUUCCUCUGCCACUUGAAGGAAGGCUUUGCUUUUCCAAACUGUCUCCUUUGACAACCAUUUAAUAAUUCACAUUUACAAGGAGAGAAAUGGGUUUGCACUAAAACCGCACAGCUGGCUGCCAGCAAUGUUUUUAGCUAAAAUGAUGGGUGAAAAUUUAAAAAGUAAAAAUUGCCUCUUUAAAAAAAAAAAACAGAUCAAUGCUGUGUUUGGGAGAAAAAAAGUUCUCCCAUGUAAUCAAGGGCUUGCUGGAUGCUUUUUUUUUUUAAAGCACUUUUUGCUGUAUGGGGAUGUGUGGUGAAAUAUAAGUAGAGGCUGCACCAGAUAUAUCUGCUGUGAUACUGCUGUUUUCCUUGUGUGCAUGAAAAUAUCCUGAAGAGUUUGACACUAUGAAUGGCACUUCUAGACUUGUGUUUGAAUGUGUUCUGCAGCUAUCAAAUCUGUCAUGCAAUAAGCCUGACAUACGAACUUUGGAUUCUUUAGAAUCUGUCACCAUAAAUAAAUACAAUGUAUUGAACUCUGUUGGAUUUACUUUACUUAAUCAUACAUAAUUUCGGACUGAAACAAAAUGGAUCUAAGUUAGCUUUCCCCAACCUGUACAUUUUUGACAAACUGAACUACAAGGAAAGGCUGUUUUAGGCUACCCAAAUUAAAAGGCUUCAGGAAUAAAGGUGGCUUCCAAACUGCUAUCCUUUCUCCUUCUAAGGGCAUAAUUGGCUUUUGCAGAGUAGGUGGAACGAAGUAGGGAAUGCCAUACUGAAGUUUCACUGCAGUCUUCAGCCCUCUUUGCUGAUUGUAUCUUCUACUGAUGAUUGGAAGAUAACUUGUCCCAGUUCAUCUAUGGUACAAUCUGAGGCAGAGAGCUACCACUCUAGGGUGCCAAAAGAAAAAAAAAAGGAUAGGGAACAUUGCUACACAGAAGUCACAUCAUUUCUACCAAGAUACAAAAUGAUUCACAUCUUCCUAAUGCAAUAAUAUUUCAGAAUAUAUUUAAAUUACUUUUCAAAACAGUUCUAGAUGGAGGGAGCAAAGAAGAGACUCAUAUAGGUACAUGGGAUUUAUGCAUUGCCUUCACAACCAGGCCUCUGUUAGCUGCUUACUAUGCUCUUCUUUCUAGAGUAAAUGGAAAGUGUUGCAUUGAGGUUUGGGACGCUAUACUUCCAAGUAUCCUAUGUAUAUAGAUAAUUAUAUCUUAACAUGGCUUGUGAAUUGCCAAAUUAUUAGUGAUAAUGGAUGCUUGCACUGGGGGAAUAGCCUGGCUCUGUGUAUCUUCCAGAUACUUUAUACUGCUAUUCCAAAAACCAUUUGCUAUUGACUAGGCAAGUAAAUGAAAGUUAAUAUCUAAAGCUACUGGAAGACAUCAGGUGAUCUAGUCUGGUUCUGAUUUUAUCUCUAGCCUCUUUCUGUAGUCUUCAUUCUUGGCUUUACUAGCUAUGCUCAGAACACUACUCAAUACAUCCUUCCAUUGUGAAAUUAAUUUGGUCUUUAAAUAUAAUAAGAUAUAGGUAGGGGGAGGGGUCUUGCCAAGUUUUUACCUCUUAUGCCAUUCCAAUAGCACAAACCCUGGUCCUAAUCCUGUCAUUGGCGGUUGUCUCUGAAACUGACCAGAGCAGCACAAACCACCUGAUGUGGUUGGCUUUUUCUAUUGUUGGAGCAGAUCACUCCUAAACAAAAGGAUGCUUGUAGAAAACACUAGUUGUGAUCUGAAAGGGGGCUUUCAAUGUUUUGAGUGUUUGAUCUCUUAAAAAAAAAAACCUAAUAAAAAUCUAUUUUCUCAAAA